AUGCUGGGGAACAACGCCGUCUACAGGCUGACCGUGGCCUCAGACGCAAAACUCAUGGUGGAAACAAUCAAAAUCGAAACAACAAUCUCUCUCUUCCCCCUUUUCCUCCCCGCCGCCCCACUCGCCAGACCGCUCACUGUGGCAGUCUGGAAUGUUUGUCCCCUUUCAGACAAUCCAAGGAGAAACCUACCGGAACGGAAGACGGCGCUAGUGCCUCGGGAACAGGCGCGCUACAAGAUGGACAUUGCUGCACUCAGCGAGACCCACUUCUCCAAACAAGGUCAACUGGAGGAGGUUGGUGCCGUCUACACCUUCUACAGGAGCAGUCGCCCCAAGGCAGAACGACCGGACACAGGCGUCGCCUUUGCCAUCCGGGAUGAUAUCGUGGGACGACUGCCCCGUCUGCCGAAGAACAUCAACGAUCGCCUGAUGAGUCUUCGCCUGCCUCUCCGGCGAGGCAAAUUUGCCACUAUCGUAAGUGUCUACGCUCCUCCGAUGACCAGACACGACGCCGUGAAGGAUAAAUUCUACAAGGGCUUGCACGACCUCCUGGCAUUUGUGUCAAAAGCGGAUAAGUUGAUUGUCCUUGGUGACUUCAACGCCGGCUGCCUGGAAAGGAGUGCUGGGUCCCCAUGGUCUCAACGGCUUCAAUGA